CAGAGUCAUCGACUGCCUCAGAGCAACAGGACCAAGAAUGGAGCAGAAGUUUGGCCUCAACGGUGUGCUUCCGGCACUCUGCAUCCUCCUGCUGGCUGUCUACGCCCAAGGUCUGCAGGUGUGUCCAAGUCUCUCCUGUCCGACUCCCGCCGGCUUUUUUGCCCACCCGACUAACUGCGACAGUUACGUCAAGUGUUCGCAUGGAGCCGUUACCAUCAAGCAGUGUCCGGAAGGCCUUGACUACAACCCGGAAAUGAGGCGCUGCGACUAUCCCCGACUGGCCCAGUGCAACAUCACAGCGCGGUUAGUGAAGUCUGGGUGUUCCCUCGAAACCAGUGACCCGAAAACUCGCCUCAAGCUCGACUUGUUCGGCUCCUCAGAGUCCUCAGACUCCUCAGACUCCUCAGAGUCGUCAGGUUCCUGGAGUCGUCAGUGGAGUGUGACUGUGACUGUUGCCUCAAGCCCCACGACGUUUGCACCAAGUACUACGAGUGUGUCCAGAGCGGCGAAGCUGUUGUGAGGGAGUGUUCAGAUGGUCUUGUGUUCAAUCCUCAUAUUGAAAACUGCGACUUCCCAAGCAACUACCAGUGUCCCACGCCCCCGCCCGUUUGUGAGUGUGACUGUCGCUACCCCGUGGAGGGAGAAUGCAACGCCUUCUACGAUUGCAAGGACGGAGAGCCGGAGAAGAAAUACUGUCCUGACGGUCUGUUCUUCAACCCUGAAACCAAUGUGUGCGGCCUGUACUGCCAUCAAACCACACCGCGCCCGCCAACCACCACUACCACACCUCAACCGACCACCACCAC